AUGAAAAAAUUUCAUUCGAUCGAUCCGGAGAAGGUAAACGCCAACUUUUCGCACAGAUUCAGCCGCCAGGAAAUUAUUAACAAGUUUGAGGUUUUAAAAACCAACCCAUUUCAAGAUCGAUUAUUCCGGGUAUUUUCUUCUGAAAAUGACAACCGAUUCUCCUUCGAAGAUAUCCUGGAUCUCUGCUCCGCCAUGAGCGCGGACUGUCCGUCGCACGUUAAGGCCGCUUGGGCGUUUAGGAUUUUCGAUAUCGACGAAGACAAUCAAAUAAACGCAACCGACAUAUGCCAGAUUGUGGACCGAUUAACGCGAUACUCCGAUAAUCGCAAUGACUGUCUCGAUCACGAUUCUAAAAUGAAAAUUGCUAACAUUAUAUUAGAAGAGAUCAAGUUGGACUUCACCGGAGGCAUCGGCCUUUCGGAAUUUGUUUUUAUUUUGUCGAGAAUACCUGAAUUCUCCAGUUCCCUCUAUUUUAGAAUAUGA